UCCGCAACGCGGCUUUCCAAUCGGCCAUUUCGUCGGUGCAGGCCAUAGCCGUAAAGGGCAACGGGGGGAAUCCGCAUUAUACUGGUUAUCUGAAAGGCAAGUCAAGAACAUCGCACCAUGAGUGAGACAGCUAUCUCUUUUGCCAAGGACUUCUUGGCCGGUGGCAUCUCCGCAGCCAUCUCCAAAACAGCCGUCGCACCCAUCGAGAGAGUGAAGCUUCUCCUUCAGGUGCAACAUGCCAGCAAGCAGAUCACCGCAGAUAAGCAGUAUAAGGGAAUUGUGGACUGUGUCGUCCGUAUCCCCAAGGAGCAGGGCUUCCUCUCUUUCUGGAGAGGUAACCUUGCCAAUGUCAUCAGGUAUUUCCCCACCCAGGCCCUCAACUUCGCUUUCAAGGACAAGUACAAGAAGAUCUUCCUGGACGGUGUCGACAAACGCACUCAGUUCUGGAGGUACUUCGCCGGCAACUUGGCAUCAGGCGGAGCCGCCGGAGCCACCUCCCUGUGCUUCGUGUACCCCCUCGACUUCGCCCGUACCCGUCUGGCUGCCGACGUCGGAAAGCCCGGCGCCGGGAGGGAGUUCAACGGUCUCGGUGACUGCUUGGUCAAGAUCUCCAAGUCUGACGGUCUGCGAGGCUUGUAUCAGGGCUUCAAUGUGUCCGUGCAGGGGAUCAUCAUCUACAGGGCUGCUUACUUUGGCAUCUACGACACCGCUAAGGGUAUGUUGCCUGACCCCAAUAACACUCACAUUCUUGUAAGCUGGAUGAUCGCCCAGACUGUGACAGCCGUCGCCGGCCUGACCUCCUACCCCUUUGACACUGUCCGUAGACGUAUGAUGAUGCAGUCUGGACGCAAAGGAGCUGACAUCAUGUACAGCGGCACCAUCGACUGCUGGCGUAAGAUUGCCCGCGACGAGGGUGGUAAGGCCUUCUUCAAGGGCGCGUGGUCCAACGUGCUGCGAGGCAUGGGCGGCGCUUUCGUGCUGGUGCUGUACGAUGAGCUGAAGAAGGUCAUCUAAAAAAAAAAAUGUCACGUCACCUCACUGUCCAAUUCGGCUAAAUGUAAUAACUUUCCAUUUCUUAUGGACUCUGCAUUCUGCCUUAUUUAUGGGAACAAAACUAUAGUGUCCUCUCCACUUAGCUGUGGGUAAUGGCUGUACGUUGUGCAUCUUGAUUUUAAACGUUCCGCACCCCAUCUUUACCAAUGUCAUUCCUUCAACAAGUAUAAUACCUCCUGUUCACUAGGUUUGUAUGGUCCCAACUCGAAUAAAUCCAUUCUGGGGAACAAACUACAAAUAUGGCUGUCCACUCUUUUCCUCCACUGUCAUAGCAUGAGUACACUGGAUCAUGAAAAAGUGGAUUACACCCAACUGCUAUAUUUACUCACGCUUAUCUCCUCCUGAGCCUCCCUGUUUGUGGUCACUGCUAGGCUUCCUGCUCGGUACAGUACAGUAGAACCUUGUAACUAUUUGUUUCUCCAUUUGUAAACUGUUAAACAAAACACAAUUUUGUGGUUAGCAGGCUGCAUUUUAUGCUUGCUUUUUUGUUUUGGCAGAAACUUUAGAUAUAUGUUCAGCGAUACUGUUUUGGUUAACCUUUGGUACCACCGGUAAAUGAUUGACCUUAUUUGGCAUUUCAGUGGUUUAUUGGAACAUUAAAGUCAUGUUUCUCAUACAAA